AAUUCAAUGUAUUUUCUACAACACUAGUCAUUCCUCUCAUGUCUAGGUCAACAGAUAAAUCUCCAUCAGAUGGGGAAGAGGCCCCAAAGCCUGGCACAUCUGGGGAGGGAACUCAGGAGACACCUGCUGAUGCUAAUGAACCUGAGGCAUCUUCACAGGAUGCAAGCACAUUCUUGGAAAGGGGAAAAUUUCCAUCCAGGCUAUUCCUGGCCCGUCAAACAUCUGCUUUAUUCCGAAAACGUGAUGAGAUUUUGGAAAAAUUUGAAAAAUCACAACUGGAAGAAAAUGCUUUCGAAGAAUUGGAAAGGGAGUUCCAAGAUGUCAUCGAUGAACUUUCCGGAGAUAAAAGUUUGGAGAAAUUCAGGACAGAAUAUGAAAAGCUUCAUACGGUUAUGAAAAAAUCCUAUGAAAAUGAAAAGCGUCUGAUGGCAAAAUGUAGAGAACUAAAUGCAGAGAUUGUUGUUAAUUCUGCUAAAGUAGCCACUGCCCUGAAGUUGUCCCAGGAUGACCAGACGACCAUAACAUCACUCAAAAAGGAAAUAGAAAAAGCUUGGAAAAUGGUGGAUUCGGCCUAUGAUAAAGAACAGAAAGCAAAGGAAACCAUUCUUGCACUGAAAGAGGAAAUAGUCAAUCUGAGUAAACUAGUAGAACAAGGAUCUGGAUUAUCACUGGGCCAGAGUAACAACAUCAGAGAUUUACUGAAGUACAAGGAAGAAAUAACCAGGGAAAGAGAUCAGCUCUUGUCAGAAGUUGUGAAAUUACGAGAGACCCUAGCUUAUGUCUCUGAACUGCAUCAAGUAACUGAGAAACAUAAAGAAGACGCAGAACAGGCCAUCUCUCAGUUCCAACAAGAAAUCCAGCUUCGUCAGAAUGAAGCUUCCCGGGAAACUCGGAAGAAGGAGAAACUGGAGAAAGAAUACAGACAGAUUCAGGCUGACAUGGAUGGAAAACAGGCUGAAAUAAGGGCUCUCCAGCAGCUUGUGCAGAAGAAUAAAGAGGAAAUUCAAAAACUGGAACAACAGCUCAAAGAGCAGAAGAUCCUAAAUGAACGAGCUGCCAAAGAACUGGAGCAGUUUCAGCUGAGGAACACUAAGCUUCAGCAGGAGAAUGAGCAGCAUGCCCUGGCCUGUGAACAGAUAUCUCAGGAGAACCAGCAGAAGACAUUGGAGCUGAAAGCUAAAGAGGAUGAACUCCAUCAGAUGAGAAUUGACAUUGGAAGACUUAACAAAAUGAGAGAAUUAAUACAUAAAAAAUUGCAUCAAGCUGAAGAGCAAAAGGCUGAGGUGGAACAGGCCAAGGAACUCCUGAAAAAUCAGAUUAAUGGAUUAGAGAAAGAGCUGGAGAUUGCUAAAAAGCAAGGAGAACUUGAUAAAAAAGCUAUGGAUGAGCUUCUGCGAGAGAGAGACAUAUUAAAUAAGAAUCUGCUGAAGGCAGUCACUGCUACCCAGAAACAGAUGGACUUAGUAAAGCUUCAUGAACAAAACAAGAGGAAUCUAGAAGAAGAAAUCCAGAACUACAAAGAUGAGGCUCAGAAACAAAGGAAGAUCAUUUUCCAACUGGAAAAGGAGAGAGAUCGUUACAUAAACGAAGCUAGUGAUCUCACACAAAAGGUCCUCGUAAACAUGGAAGACAUCAAAGUUCGUGAGAUGCAGAUCUUUGACUACAAGAAAAAAAUAGCUGAAUCAGAGACCAAGUUAAAACAGCAACAGAAUUUGUAUGAAGCUGUAAGAUCGGAUAGGAACCUGUAUAGCAAAAAUUUGAUUGAAGCUCAGGAUGAGAUUACAGAAAUGAGGAGGAAGUUGAAGAUUAUGACCCACCAGGUCGAUCAGUUGAAAGAAGAAAUAGCUUCUAAAGAGGCAGCCCUUGUGAAGCUACACCUGGAACAUCAGCGUAUAGAGAAGGAGAAGGAAACGCUAAAGGCUGAACUGCAGAAGCUGAGACAACAAGCCCUGGAGACCAAACACUUUAUUGAAAAACAAGAAGCUGAGGAGAGAAAACUCCUGAGAAUUAUUUCUGAGGCUGAUGCUGAGAGGUUGAGGCAAAAGAAGGAGCUGGACCAGGUCAUAAGUGAGAGAGAUAUUCUGGGAUCUCAACUGGUUAGGCGGAAUGAUGAGCUUGCACUGCUCUAUGAGAAGAUCAAGAUCCAGCAAUCUGUACUGAACAAAGGAGAAACCCAAUAUAACCAGAGAUUAGAAGAUAUGCGCAUCCUGAAACUGGAGAUCAAGAAACUCCGGCGGGAAAAGGGAAUUCUUGCCAAAAGUGUGGCAAAUGUGGAAGAACUCAGGCAGGAGCUUUUUCACAUGCAAAGAGAAUUCUUAAAGGAAAGGACCCGCUGCAGAGCCCUGGAGGAGGAACUGGAGAACCCCAUGAAUAUACACAGAUGGAGAAGAUUGGAGGCCAGUGACCCCAGUACUUUUGAGCUGAUACAGAAGAUCCACACUUUGCAGAAACGUCUCAUCAGCAAGACAGAAGAAGUGGUGGAAAAGGAAUUGCUCCUUCAGGAAAAAGAGAAACUAUACGUGGAACUGAAACAUAUCUUGGCUCGGCAGCCUGGUCCUGAAGCUGCUGAACAAUUGCAACUCUACAGGCACACCUUGAGAGAGAAAACCAAACAACUUAAAGUUUUGUCUUCAGAAUUGAAUAUGUAUGAAUCACAGAGCCAGGAGUACAAGUAUGAGAUUGAGAGACUUGCCAAUGAACUCCUUAAUGUGAAGAAGAAAUAUCUCAGUCAGAAACGCAAGGAACAAAAUCAAAAGAAUAAGGAAACCCUGAACUUAAUAGAAAACAACUUUCCAGCAGGCAGAACUGGUCCUCGAUAUACUGGAGGAGGAUUCCCUAUCCAUAAGCCAAACAAGACAGCGGUUUAAAAUCUGGAACAACUCAAAGCAUCUACUUGAUUAGUCAAUUACGUUUACUGGGAAUUGUUUGGAAGGCUUUAUAUUUUUUAUUUUUUUUAUGUCGUGGAUUUCCAUGAAGUUCAGUAUUUGGAUUCCAGGAAGAAAAGCAGAAUAAUCCCCAGUUCAAAAUCAGCAGAUUCACAGACAUUUAAAAGAGAUGAAGUUCGAGUUGGUCCGUGUGGAUACAAACAGAUUGUACUUAGAUCUACUCAAUUAAGCUGGUCCAUUGUUUGAGCCAGAUCUUUGGCAGUUACCAUUUGACUGACUUGAAAUGUACCAAAUCUAGACACUCCAUGUGGAAAACUUUGGAGUGUAUUUUUUUUCCUUAGAUACUAGGACACCUUUAAUGUUUUGUAUUUUUAGAAAUGAUUUUAAAAUCUAGUGAAUAUCCUCCAAUCUUCUAAAUAAAGAGCUACCUUCUUAUCCUUUAUUAACAAGUCAUAAGACAAAGUAAUUGCAAGAGAUGCAAAAGAAGGUAGAAUUCUAAAUCUUUAAAACUUAAUGUUUUGAAAUCUAUUCCAAAGAGAAAUGCUAGCAAAUAUGUUAUUAAGAAAACCAAGUACAAAACUUAUGUUAGGGAUUUUGAUCUUUGUUUUGUGAAUAAUGAAAUAAUAAAGUAAAUGUGUGAAA